AUGUCCCAUAAUCUUGCGCAAUGCCAGAAGCUUGUGCAGAAGGCCGUGGCGGCUGGAGCCAAGGCCCUCUUCCUCCCCGAGGCCUCUGACUAUAUCGCCGCCUCCGCCGCGGAAUCGGUAGAGCUCUGUCAAGAUGUCUCUAAGAGUCACUUUGUUCGCGGUCUUCAACAAGCUGCCAGAGCUCAUUCCUUGCCCAUAAAUGUCGGGAUCCACGAGCCAACAAAUCCACCCUCCAAGAGAAUCCGGAACACGCUGAUCUGGAUCGAUCAAGAGGGGGAUAUUGUACACAGAUACCAGAAACUGCACCUAUUUGACCUUGAUCUUCGUCCAAACGGGCCGAGGUUGAAGGAGAGUGACUCAACCGAGCCCGGCCAUGAGAUCGUUCCACCAUAUUCCACAUCACUGGGCGAGAUCGGCAGCCUGAUCUGCUUUGACCUGCGAUUUCCCGAGCCUGCACUUAGAUUGCGUAGGCAGGGAGCUGAUGUAUUGCUCUAUCCGUCUGCGUUCACGGUUCCAACCGGAAAACUUCACUGGGAGGUCCUGCUGAGAUGCCGAGCUGUUGAGACUCAAUGCUGGGUCAUAGCUUCAGCGCAAUGUGGCAGGCACAACGGGAAGCGCGUGAGUUAUGGUGAUACCAUUGUAAUUUCACCCAAUGGCCAGAUUGCUGGGCGGCUGGACCAUGUUGACGAUAUAGAGAAGGAGGAGGAACAAGCACGAGAGCCGGAUAUCCUCACGGUCGACAUUGAUCUUGGUUCGCUUCGAGACGUCAGGCGAAGCAUUCCUUUGCUCAGAAGAACUGACGUUUACCCGGAGAUAUAG